GAUUCGUCUGAUGAAAUCCCGACAAAAGAUGGUUUAGUAUUAAAUGCCCUUGCUGAGACUGAAGACUGCAUUGUUCCUGGUCGAUCAAUGAAACUCCACGCAUUUCAAAAAGUAGCCGAAGUCGCUUCCAAUGCAUUUUUGUCUUCCACAACUCGGAAAACAAAUUCGAUAGAAAAAGAAUAUUGGGACCUUGUCUUGUCGAGGACAAAGCAUGUCUGUGUAAACGCAGCUUCCAUAGACACGGGUGCCGCGGAUGAUGGGUUUCCAAAUAAUGAUUCCACCGACCAUUAUAGUAGACAUCCUUGGAACUUGAAGGUGAGAGAUCAUUUUGAAACUCAAUAUUCUGGAUUCCUUGGUCCCGUGGUUGGAAUGACUGCCCCCACAUUACACCUGGGAAUGCUGUUUUCGACGAGUUGUUGGCACAGAGACCCUCAUGGCCUCCCAUGGAUUGAGUAUAUGCAUAGUGGAAAGAAGAAAGUAUGGUAUGGCAUCGACGAUUCGCAGAGCGAGAAAUUUCGCAAAGCAGUCGAACGCUUGUGCCCGGCGUUCGUCCAAAAUAAAUCCGUGUGGUUGCUAUCGGAUAUAGCGAUGAUCCCACCGGAUUUAUUACAGGAUUCGGUGUCUCUUUGCCGGGCUGUGCAGAAUCCGGGCGAAUUUAUUAUAGUUUUCCCGAAAGCUUAUUCAUCUUCAAUUGCCACGGGAUACACAAUAUCCGAAAGUGUGUACUUCGCUACAUUGUCCUGGAUACACUGUCUCGGUGAAAUGUUUGAUGUAAGUUGA